UUUUCCCACGUUUCUUCAUCUCUCCUAUUUAAAUACACAUAGAUAUAUUGCUUUUACGUAACAUGUUUGUAUAGGAAAAUUGAAUGUAAAAAGAAUGUUCCAGAAAUAUUACUGUCAGUAUAAAAUUCAAAAGAGCUAGCAGUAAAGGUUACUUUUAAAUAUCAAUUAAGGAAUGGAAGAAUACGCAAGAGAACCAUGCCCAUGGCGUAUAAUAGAUGACUGUGGUGGUGCAUUUACCAUGGGUGCUAUUGGUGGUGCAGUAUUUCAAAGUAUUAAAGGAUUUCGUAAUGCACCCAGUGGAAUAAACAAAAGAGUCCUAGGAAGCCUUAUAGCUAUUAAGCAGAAGUCUCCUAUUAUUGCUGGAAAUUUUGCAUUAUGGGGUGGUAUGUUUUCUACAAUAGAUUGUACUUUGGUUCAUCUUAGGAAGAAAGAAGACCCAUGGAACUCUAUUAUCAGUGGAGCAGCUACUGGUGGAAUACUAGCAGCAAGAAAUGGUUUACCAGCCAUGGCUGGUAGUGCAAUUAUUGGAGGAGUGUUAUUGGCUUUAAUAGAAGGUGUAGGAAUAUUUAUUACCCGUUUAUCUGCGGAACAAUUCAAACCUCCAUCGUUCGCUGAAGAUCCAAGCCAUCUGAGACAAAGUCAUCCAUCGUAAAACGUAUAAAUAUCUAGAUAUAUUUUAAAUUACACUCAACUAAUUAAGUACAAAUGUUUCAUAUUCUUUGAAACAAUAGUAGUUGACAACUAUCAUAUUGCCAGUACAUCAAAUUUGUAUAGACAAUUCAGUCUCUUGAUUUAAGAAAUAUAAUAAUAGUUUGGUUUCUAUUUAA